CGUCAGUAGUGCAGAUUAGAACAGCAUAGACAUCAGAGUGCUUUCAACUCAAAAUAUAAAAUAAUAAUAUCAAUAAAAAGUAACAUUAUUUAUUAUUUAAAAACAUGUACUGUCAUUUUAUUGUUAUAUUUACUGAACUUACAAUUUAAUUGUAAAGUAUAUUUAUAUUUUAAAUUAUACUUUGGUAUCUAUUUAAUAAACAAAAAAAAUAAUAAUAAUAAUCCACUAUUUUAUCUACCCCGUGACUUUUACUGCAUUGGAUUUUGCUCGUCUCAGAAAAAUAUUGGAAAGCAAGGUCAUUUUACAUAUUGUUUCAUUAAAGGAAUUAACAAUAGUAACGCUGCUGUAGAAUCGUGAGGGACCGACGGUACACCACUAGCAAGGACAAAGAGAGCACAAGAACUCGGAAGCAAGAGGCUAGAACCUGUCUGGCUAAAAUAAAGAAUAAAUAAGACAUUUCCUUUGGAUUGGUUUUAAAGAUGAAGCAAAGCACUGCAAAAACAGAGAUGAGCCGGUUUAACAUUUCGCCAGACGAGGACAGUACUGGCAGCUCCAACAGCAACGAAUAUGGCUACCCUGAAUGUACCACAAAAAAAGCCCCCAUUAGCAGUCAAUAUCAAGAUAUGGACCCAGAGAGCCAGAAUUUCCUCCCAGACUACCUCGGAAAGAAAAAAUUUGAAACUGAAUAUUCUCCCGGCACAACCUCAUUUGGAAUGUCAGUAUUCAAUCUUGGCAACGCCAUCAUGGGUAGUGGCAUCCUGGGACUUUCCUACGCCAUGGCGAACACUGGAAUUGCACUUUUUGUGGUCCUCUUGAGUGCUGUGUCUAUAUUUUCCCUGUAUUCUGUACACCUUCUGCUGAAAACUGCAAAUGAAGGAGGAUCAUUACUGUAUGAACAACUGGGAUACAAGGCAUUUGGCAUGCCAGGAAAACUGGCUGCUUCUCUUUCAAUCACAAUGCAGAACAUUGGAGCUAUGUCAAGCUACCUCUACAUUGUGAAGUACGAGCUGCCAAUUGUAAUCCAAGCAUUCCUGGGCAUGAAGGAAAAUACUGGAGAGUGGUAUAUCAAUGGAGACUAUCUUGUUCUGACAGUGUCCCUGCUCAUUAUUCUACCUUUGUCCCUGUUAAGAAACCUUGGGUAUCUUGGUUAUACCAGUGGCUUCUCCUUGCUCUGUAUGGUCUUCUUUGUUAUUGUUGUUAUCUAUAAGACAUUCCAGAUUUCCUGCCCUCUGAUUUUUGAAAAUGAUGCUCUUAACGCGACUCUGAACUACACAGUAGCUCACGUGGCAGCUGCAGUUCGUGAAACGGCUGUGACAGUGCAGAAUGCCACUGCCGAUGAGGACACGUGCACAACCAAGUAUUUUGUCUGGAACUCCCAGACCGUCUAUGCUGUGCCCAUCCUGACCUUUGCCUUCGUGUGCCACCCUGCUGUGUUACCUAUCUACGAGGAAUUGAAAGAUCGCUCCCGCAAGAGGAUGCAGAACGUGUCGAACGUUUCCUUCUUUGCCAUGUUUGUCAUGUACCUCCUGGCUGCUCUUUUUGGAUAUAUAACUUUCGGAAACAACGUGGAACCAGAGCUUCUUCACACUUACUCCAAGGUUUACAAGUUUGAUGUCGUCCUCCUUAUUGUGCGUCUUGCAGUGCUGACCGCUGUCACCCUCACAGUCCCUGUUGUGCUGUUUCCCAUCCGUACGUCAGUUAAUCAGCUGCUGUGCGCCUCAAAGGAAUUCAGCUGGGUCCGUCAUACCAUUAUCACUUUCGUUCUCUUGGGCGCUACCAACGUACUUGUUAUUUUCGUGCCCACAAUCAGGGACAUCUUUGGAUUCGUUGGUGCUUCCGCUGCUGCUAUGCUCAUCUUCAUUCUCCCCUCUGCAUUUUACAUCAAGCUGGUGAAGAAGGAACCAAUGAAGUCAGUUCAGAAGAUUGGGGCUGUAAUCUUCUGUAUCAGCGGCUUCUUCGUUAUGAUUGGAAGCAUGACCCUGAUCAUCCUGGAUUGGACCCAGAAUGCUGCUAUGGCUGACGGCCAUUAAACAAACCUGGACGUCACUGUCUUCUGGCUGCAAUGUAAUCCUUACUAAACAGUGUCUUUACCCACACUGAUGAAAAAAAAAAACACAAAAAGAUUCUUAAAAAAAAAAAAAAAAGAAAUUGCUUAGCAGAGAAAAUGAUUUUUUUGUGGAUUUCAAAGACUGCUUUACAGUAACAAGUACAUUUUUGCUCAACCACAGCCAAUGGGCAGCGACUUAUACCAUUCCAAGAGAAUGUAAUAAACUUUGUACAGUAUGCUGUUAGGCCACAUGGAUGGCAUUUAAAACUGUUCCUGUUUCCAUUGAUAUAUAUUUUUUAUGACAAUUUCUUCUUUUUUGUGUUAGUUACAGUACUAUAUUUUGAAUGUGCCUAAAGCAGGGGCAUAAAUCUAAGCCUAAAAUGCAGCUAUGAAGUUCCAGUUCAGGUAUACAAAAAAGUGGCAUUUGCAUGUGUUUUCUUUGUACAUACUGUAUUUGGGCACAACUGUAGUUUUCACUUGCCUGACAGUCACCUGGUGCCCCUUAAAAGGGAAUUACCAGAGUUAAAAAAGUGGGUAUGAAGCAGAGUAAUUGAGUCGUAUGCAGGCUUUAUUCAAAAGUCAAAGCACUUCUGCUUUACUUGGCCAAAAAGUAUAUUAAGAAAUAAGUAGUUACUUGUAUCUUUAAGGAUGUAUCUUCCUUACACUACUUUUAUUCAGGUUUACCAAGUGUCAGAACAAUUUUAUCAAUUACUUUUUUAACAGUGUUAAACCCCAAAGCUUAACUGCCCUUGGUAAUGUAAUUAGCUUUAGUGAAAAAAAGCAUCACAUUUAAUAAAACCUGUUUAGAAGAGUCUUUAUAGUGAUGUAUUUGUGAAGCAUAAUUAGAUUAACUAUCUACAGAGGCAAAAGGCAGGUUGUGUUGUUUUCUAGUUCUUCACCUCUGCUAUACAGUAUUAAAAGCACGAUGUUUGAACUGAUCAAGCCUGUAAAGAGGGUGCAGUAAUGAAAGAAGCGUAGUUCGAGAGAAGUUACAAAACAGGUGCCAUAGCAAGUACCUUCAUUUAUUUCAUGCCAGCCACUAAGUUGACUGCAUUUCAUUUGAUUUUUUUUUGUUAUAUGUGACUACUUUAAAUUUAAAACUGCACAUGAAAAACAGUAAUGGGAUUAUACCUAGAAGUGGCUACCGGAUACAAGUGAAAAGUGCAUAUCGCCGGUUCAUGACAUGUCACUGCCUGUUCCUGUAGCUUACAGUAGCAACAUUUCCUGUUUUUACAACCUAGUCAAAAUGUGAUGUUUUAUUUAUAAGUUGGAAGCUUUUCUUUGAACACAGGCUUUUAAAGACGCAUGUAAUGUAUAUGGCUUCCCCGUGUGAUGGGUUAUGUUUACAGAAAUAUGAAAGCAUCCCGAUUGGGUACCUACUGUGUUAAAAUUACAACUGCUGUUUUACUGUCACCUCAUGUUUAAAGAUAUACUGUGCUUCCGAUACAAAUUUCAGUUGUUGUCGAUGGUGUUACAUUGUCCUGCGAUAUUUAUGGAACAACAUGAAAUCAACGUAAUUGAAUCUAUUUUACUAUAUUUAUAUAAAAUGUAUAUAUGUAUAUAUAUAUAUUGGUUUGAAUGUAUAUAAGCAGUUUUUUUUGUUAUAUUAUGUUUUUGCAAGUUGUUAAAUAUCAUGGACCUGACCAGAGCUGCUGAUUUCGCGUUGCUUUAGCAGCCUGUUUAUUUCUCCCACCAGUCGUAAUGGAUCAGCUAGCUUUUAUUUUCUUAGUAGUGAAAGCUAUCCCUCAGACCACUAAUUGUAAUUCAAGCAAAAUGUGUGAUAUUUUAAGUAGAAAACAAAAACAAUAAACAGAUGUAGAUUAUUAAGUAGCACAUUUAUUUAUUAUUAUUACUAUCAUUUUAUAUAUUUGUUUUUUUUCCCCCCACAAUGGGUGCUGCCAAUUUCAAUAUUAUUUAGAGGGCACACAUUAGGUAUUCAGAUUUUCACUGUAGAGCUCUGUUGAACUUGAAUGGGUCCAUAACAAACUAUGGCUAUUCACUGUCACUUGAACUUUAUAUUGCUGAUGACUACUGUUAAAAAUCAUUAACCUCAAGUCAGUGUUACCUACCUUUUUGCUAAAAACCUAAUUACACCUGAUAGACUUACUACAGAUCGAUUAAUGUGAGUGAAGUCUUGAUUUUGCUAGUUUACAAUGGUUUGUAUACACUGUAGAAAUACUGUAUGUGUUGGUUCUGCAUACAUGUUUUCUGUAUUCCAUUAUGUAUGUAUAUUUCAGCACUGUUGGAGAGUAAGCAAACUAGAAAUAUCAUCGUGGCAGACAGAAAGAUAGCAUUAACAUCAGUGCUGUACUCUUGUUUCAAUGAAACAUUAUGUAUAUCCUGUAAUUAUAAUUCAAUAAAAGUUAUAGAUAGUGUAAACCCUACAUAAA